AUGGAGCCCUUCGCCAUCGUUGGGUUAUCCUUCAAGUUGCCUCAGGAUGCUACGGAUGAAUCCAGCUUCUGGAAGGUCCUUGAAGAGGGUAGAAAUCUUUCAACCGCAUGGCCGGAGGACCGGAUGCCAACGGAUUCGUCUUCUAUAGAUGAGCCCAAGGCUCGCGGGGCUCAUUUUAUUAAGGAGGAUGUGGGCUUGUUCGAUGCCCCUUUUUUCUCUGUUACGGCCAAGGAGGCUGCCGGGAUGGAUCCUCAGCAGCGGCUGGCGCUAGAAACUUCAUACCACGCGUUUGAAAACGCGGGCAUACCAGUUGAGACUAUUCGUGGAAGCCGUACUGCUGUGUUUGGGGCGACUAUGUCGGAUGAUUAUGCCAGAAUGAUAUUUCAAGAUUUUGACGCUCCGCCAAUCCCAAACAUUACAGGAUUGCAGCCCUCUAUCUUACCAAACCGAAUCAGUUGGUAUUUUGAUUUGCGUGGACCUAGCGUACAUGUCGAUACAGCAUGUUCUGGUAGUAUGGUGGCGUUGGACAUGGCGUGUCAAUCGAUGCAAAGUGGUAAUGCUACGAUGGCUCUAGUUCUAGGUUCCAAUUUGCUCCUCACUCCACAAUCUUCAGUUGCCCUUGAUAAUGCAAAUUUUCUUUCACCCGACGGCAAGUGCUUCAGUUUUGAUGCACGGGCCAACGGAUAUGCGCGCGGCGAGGGCAUCGUGGCGUUUUUGGUCAGGCCGCUGGGUGACGCUCUUCGCGAUGGGGACAUCAUCCGAGCCGUCAUACGGGGAAUCGGCUCGAACCAGGACGGCCGGACUCCAACACUAACACAGCCGAGCACCGAAUCGCAAGAAGUCCUUAUCCGUCAAGUAUAUGAUCAAGCCGGGCUAGGAUUCGACCAUACCAGGUUUUUCGAAGCACAUGGAACGGGAACCGCGAUAGGGGAUCCGAAUGAACUAACAGCGAUUGGAAGGGUAUUUAGAGAUCACCGUUCGUCCGAAGAGCCUCUUUUAGUGGGCUCCGUCAAGUCAAGUGUUGGUCAUCUUGAAGGGACAAGUGGUGCUGUAGGCAUUGUGAAGGCAAUCCUAGCGCUCGAGAAGGGAGUCAUCCCACCAAACGCUCUUUUCCAGGAGAUGAAUUCGAAUAUUGAUGCAGAUUUUUACCGCAUUCAGGUCCCUACCCGAAACAUUCUCUGGCCAACACCUGGUCUACGGCGAGCUUCUGUUAACUCAUUCGGUUUUGGAGGCACCAAUUCUCAUGUUAUCCUCGACGAUGCCUUCCAUUAUCUUCAGAGCCGCGGCCUUAGCGGCUUCCAUCACUGCACCGUUGCCCCUUCUCUCGGCCCCGCACAGACUGCUAAUGGGAUCACACACCCUACCACAGCCGAAUGGAGUGAUAGUGAUAGUGACGAACUCGCAAGACUUGAAAGUCCCUUGAGGCUCAAGCUACUUGUAUGGAGUGCUGCAGACGCAGGUACUCUCGAGCGCAUGACGAAUGAUUACCAAGACUACUAUCAAGCUCAUAUUGUUGGCAGUAUUGGUAGACAUGAUCAGCUAGCGUAUACAUUGGCCGCACGACGAUCUAGUAUGCCAUGGCGUACGUUCGCAGUGAUCGAUGGUCAAGAUGAUGUGUCGCGUUUACCCAUAGCCCAACCGAUCCGAACACCAACUGAGGUAACGAGUAUCGCCUUCGUUUUUACAGGCCAAGGAGCACAAUAUGUUAGAAUGGGACUGGAACUACUACAGUAUCCUGUUUUCGAAGAAAGCCUUCGUAGAUCAGAAGAGAUACUAGCAAACUUGGGUUGUAAAUGGUCGAUACUGACUGAGAUUUGCAACGAUCGGAACAUCAAUCUACCCGAUUAUAGCCAGCCACUCUGCACGGCGUUACAGAUUGCCUUAAUUGAACUGCUUCGCACAUUUGGUGUAGAGCCUGCGGCCGUAGUCGGGCAUUCGAGCGGAGAGAUUGCUGCCGCGUACGCCAUAGGUGCACUAUCCCAUGAGUCUGCCUGCAAAGUAGCCUACUUCCGGGGGCAACUGGCUGGAAAACUACGCGCAUCAGCAAUAACUCCAGGCGCCAUGAUGUCCGUUAACCUACCAGAGACCGAAGUGCCAGAGAGUCUUGAGAAAUCGGGGGUCUCACGACUUGGAGAGCAUGCAAUCUGUGUCGCGUGUAUAAACAGUCCUACAAACGUCACUGUUUCUGGCCCAUCCGAUGCCAUUGAUGUUUUCAAAGAAUAUCUCGACAAACAAGGUGUCUUUGCCCAAAAGGUCAAAACAGGUAUCGCAUAUCAUUCUCCUGCCAUGCAUGCUGUUGCUGCCGAAUAUCUCUCCUUGAUGGGCACUCUUGAAGGAGAGGAAAUAAAGAAUCGCGGCCGCAGGAUUCCCAUCAUCAGCUCCGUUACUGGCCAAUUUAUAUCUCCGAAACUGUUAGCCAGACCACAAUACUGGGUUGAUAACUUAGUCUCGCCAGUUCAGUUUUCUAAGGCUAUGCAAGGUCUUGUGAGCGUCUCACAAAUGCCACCACUUCCGAUUGGGAUCGACACAAUCACCGAUCUGGUUGAGGUCGGACCACAUGCGGCUCUACGAAGGCCUGUGAAAGAUUCAAUCACAUCAUCGAUACGUUACCACUCAGUUCUCCAACGCAACAAGUCACCUUUGCAGACUACACUAUCUGUUUUAGGAACGCUGUUCUGCCACGGACACCCCGUCUCUAUUCUGGCGGGAAAUCUCCAGGCUCAAGGUAACCUGCCGUUCCUAGUUGACUGUCCGCCGUACCCAUUCAACCAUACCCGGCGCUAUUGGAAUGAACCAAGAAUAAACAGAGAUCUCAGAUUGAGACGGAGCUUGUCAACAUAUAUGCUUGGGAAACAAGCUCAUGAUUGGAACGAGUUACAGCCUAGAUGGAGGAAUUGGUUGUGUGUAGAGACGAUGCCUUGGCUUGGUGAUCAUCUUGUUUCCGAUACUAUUAUCUGUCCGGGAACUGGAAUGAUGGUUAUGGCUAUCGAGGCCGCAAAACAGGCAGUAAUAAACAACAACCGUGUGAUAUCCGGGUUUCUCCUCAAAGAUGCUCAAUUCCUUGCUCCAGUUCUGGUCGGUAAGACACAGCAUACUUCCACUGAGACUAUGCUCCAUUUACGACCCAAUCAGAAUGCAUACGACAAAGAGCCCACGUCGUAUGAUGUCGAAAUCUUCACAUACCGCGACGAGCACUGGACAGAAUGCUUUCGUGUCAACGUCCAAGUACAAUACGAUGAACAUGGAACAAGCCAAGUCGAUAAUGGCAAAGAAAAUCAAUUGGACUUGGCACAAAUGCGCCAACUUUCCGAUCAAGCGAUCGUAUCUUGCACAGAGUCAGUGGACAGGCGAGAAUUCUACGACUACUGUCACGAGCAUGGCAAUUCUUACGGCGAGUCUUUCCGGCUGUUACGUGAAAUUAAGUGGGAUAGAGGUAAUAUGUCAACUGCAAGAAUUGACAUGAAGACCACUGCGAAACAUGUGCGAAGCAAUUCUCCUCUGCAUCCCGCAGUUCUAGAUGCGGGAAUCCAUCUAGUCAUGGCACAGAUCUCAAAGGGUCUCGUUGAAGACAUUCCAACACUUGUCCCAGUCCGCCUAGCUAAGGCAUGGAUUUCAGCGAAAGCAUGGGACCAUACAAUACCAUCGGUACGCUUGACCUCCAUCCUUCGUCCAAAAACCAAAAGCUCCACGAAACUUGCGAGCUCUUUCUGGGGUUUGGCCGAUGAUGGCUCACCACUUUGGGCUGCGGAGGAUCUCAUAAUGUUAGGCGUUUCGCAACGUAGGAAUACCCAGGACGAUGGAACAGAUCAAACGCUGCUCUACAAUGAUCUACUUCAACUGUGUAACAACGCAGCCCAGACCUACGAUGAAACUUCCGACAAUAAGAAAGCACUUAAGUCGGAGUUUACUAUGAGGAUGGUCGCACGUAUAGCUGUUGAAGGCUUGAAGGAUGGUGAACUCGACCGUACCCCAGCAUAUAUGUGUCGAUAUGUGGCAUCUCUCAGACAUCACUACAUUGAAUCACCGCAUGAUGACGGCGAAAAUAUAAAUGCAUCGACACUCUCCAGUCUCCUAGAUGAGUGCGAGAUGGAGAGUCCUGACUGUCGAGUAUUUAUACAAGUUGGGCGUGCGCUCCCAUCCAUUAUUCGUGGAGAAACGGAUCCAUUGGAGCUAAUCCACCUUGCCAAUCGGCAAAUGCGCGACGGCCGCUUCGAUACGUUCCUUGAUCUAGCGUCCUAUGAGAAACCUGGUCUAAGGAUUCUUGAAGUCGGCGCGGGUACCGGUAGUAUUUCUCGCCUUAUCCUCGCCUCCCUGCAACGUCUCGAAAAUGAAACAGGACAAUGUCGCUUCUCCAACUACACUUACACGGACAUCUCACCCAUGUUCUUUGAGCUGCAAUUUAAGACGUUGGAUCUCGAAUUCGACCCAGAGAAACAGGGAUUUGUACAUGGGAGCUACGAUCUAGUCAUCGCGGGUCUUGUAUUACAUGCGACAUCAAACCUAACCACAACCUUGGGGAGAAUACGUGGACUUCUCAAGCCGGGCGGUCGCAUCGCAUUUCAAGAGGUUAUCAACCCCAAAAAUGCGUGCGCUCAUGUUACCUUUGGCACACUUGGGGGUUGGUGGCUCAGCACAGAAGACUGGCGCAAACAUACACCCCUCUUGACAGAAGAGCGCGCGGAUCUAAUACUUAGGGAUUAUCAAAGCGAUAUCUCUCAUCUCUGCAGCAUGAUUAUUUCGCAAAAGUUGGAUACCGAGAACGCCGGAGGAAAACCAAAUGGUACCAUUGACCAUGAACAGGGCAAGACUUGGCUCCUCAUCGAUUCGGACUCAGAAUCACAGCGUGCUGUAGCAGCGAAGAUCAAUGAGACAUAUGAGAGCACGCAAGUUUUACAUUUGACCGAUAUAACUAGAGAGGGAUGGGCUUGUCCGCCAAACCAAAUCGUGGUGUCUUUACUGGAGAUUGGCGCGUCAUAUCUAGCCACCCUCUCCGAGCCGAAUUUCCAAACCUUGAAGAAGCUUAUUCAAGGCGUUGAAAACCUACUAUGGGUUAGUUCUAUGCCCUUUACUGACGACAAGAUGGCCGAUCCGCAUUCAGCCGUAGCCGCAGGCUUUCUUCGCAGUAUCCAGACCGAAGAACCUGGGAAACAUAUCGUCCUCCUUGCGAUUGAUUCAGUUUUCUCCUCGACGGAAGUCAAGUUCGUGGUUGAUGUCCUUGAUACAUGUUUUGCGAAAGAAAAUGCAUCUAAGGAACUCGAAUUCGUUGUGCGUGACGGUCAUCUGAGCAUUGGGCGCAUGAUGAAGGAUGUCGAGCUUGAUGCGGAACGCCUGAGCCGUGUGGAGCCAACACUGCGGACCGAGCCGUGGAACUCUGGUCCGUCACUGGCUCUCGAAGUAGGGACUCCAGGUCUCCUAGACACGCUACGUUUCGUUGAGGAUAUCGAGUACCAAAUCGAUCUGGGCCCGGAAGAGGUUGAACUCGAGGCUGUGGCGUGGCCUCUGAGCUUCCGAGAUAUGUUCGUUGCACUUGGAAGAUUAGAAAUGGGAGGGCUGGGCGUCGAGUGCGCAGGUGUCGUGACUCGUGUCGGGCAGGCCUACCCACAUGAUCUCCGUUGUGGUGAUCGUGCUGUGAUGAUAUAUUUAGGGUGCAUGAGGACUCAUCCAAGAGGCGUAGCUGAUUUAGUCGUCAAGAUCCCUGAUUCUCUUUCCUUCAAUGAGGCAGUUGCGGGAAUCAACCCAGGAAUAACAGCAUAUCACUCGCUAGUCAACGUAGCACGGCUACAGCCUGGCGAGAAGGUUCUUAUCCAUUCUGGAGCUGGAAGUACCGGUCAAAUGGCUAUUGCAAUCGCGAAAUUACUUGGCGCAGAAGUGUUCACGACGGUUGGCUUCGACGAUAAGAAACGACUACUCAUGGACCAAUUUGACAUCCCCGAAGAUCACAUUUUUUACAGCCGCAAUACAUCGUUCGCAAAAGGCGUAAUGCGCAUAACGAACGGCCGCGGAGUCGACGUCGUGCUAAACUCUCUAUCGGGAGAAGGGUUACAGGCGAGCUGGGAAUGCAUAGCCCCAUACGGGCGGUUUGUGGAGAUUGGGAAAGCUGACAUCGAAACGAAUGCAUCGCUACCCAUGAGAAGCUUUGCUAAGAACACAUCUUUCGCCGCGGUUGAUCUGGUCCACCUUUCCCAGACAAAUACCAAAUUGAUGCGUGAGCUAAUUGAGAAAGUCCUCGCUCUAAUCGCUGGGGGCGAAAUCGGGAGCGUGUCCAAUGUCGAGAAGGCCUUCAGAUAUAUGCAAAGCGGUACAAACACCGGCCGCAUUAUCAUAACAGCGAGCGAUAGUGACAUUGUUCCGAAAUUCCUGCGGUUGAAGAGUACCUGGGAGUUCGAUCCUAACGCAUCAUACAUCGUCGCCGGAGGAUUCGGUGGUAUCGGUCGUGCCAUACUUCGAUGGAUGACAGAUAGGGGCGCCAGGAAUAUUAUCGUCCCCUCGCGCUCCGGGCCGUCUAGUCAGGCAGCACUAGACGUAGUCUCAGAACUUACGGCUAGGGGAGUUCGAUUGAUAACGUCGUGCUGUGAUGUGGGAUCAGCUGAAAGUUUAUCUGCAUUGCUUCAAGAGUGUGGUACUAGCAUGCCUCCCAUUAGAGGAUGUAUAAACUCUGCCAUGGUGCUCCAGGACUCCAUCUUCGAAAACAUGACGCACGCAGAAUGGACAGUAACAAUCCAAUCCAAAGUGAACUCAAGCUGGAACCUACACAAACUCCUCCCCCAAAACCUAGACUUCUUUAUCCUCCUCUCCUCGCUAUCCGGCGUCUACGGGUCCCCAGGCCAAAGCAACUACGCCGGCGGCUGCACCUUCCAAGACGCACUAGCACGCAGCCGCACCGGCGCCGGCCACCGCGCCUCCGUAUCCAUCAACCUCGGGUGGAUGCGCACCAUCGGCAUCAUCGCAGAAACCGAACGCUACCGCCACAACCGCAUGAACGUCGGCGACAUGGCCAAAGUCGAAGAACCGGAUUUCUUCGCCCUGCUAGACCAUUACUGCGACCCGCUCCUCCCACCCCUCGACGCAGACCACUCCCAAGUCCUCAUCGGCGUCAUCACACAAGCCCAUUUCCGCGCGAGAGGCGAAGCCCCGAACCACAUGGUAAGCCGCCCGCUAUUCGCCAGCCUCGAGUCCCCGCACAUAUACGGCACAGGCGCCAACGCAUCCUCCGCCGCCGCGGCGCAAGAGGAUUUCCCGGCUCUCUUCCGACAGGCUCGUUCCCCACGCGAGAAAAGCGAGGUGUUCGUCGCGGCGCUUAAGGCGAGGCUGGCUCGUGCUUUGGAUGUACACCCCGGAGACGUGGAUCCCAGGAAGAGUCUGUCGGAUUAUGGCACGGACUCGCUGAUGGCGGUUGAGUUGCGGAAUUGGAUUCAGAGGGAUUUUGGCGUCACGUUGGCGGUGUUUAAUAUUAUGGGCGGCGCGGAUAUUGCGGCUGUUGGGGAGUUGGUUGCUGAGAGGGCGGAGGGUUAG